CAAUCAUAGUAGGGAUAUCAAUAGCAACGGUAAUGGAGGUGGGGUGGACAAGCGAUUCAAGACAUUACCGGCGUCCGAAGCGCUGCCAAGGAACGAAGCGGUUGGAGGUUACAUCUUUGUCUGCAACAACGAUACUAUGCAGGAGAACCUAGAGAGACAGCUCUUUGGUUUGCCAUCAAGGUACAGGGAUUCAGUUAGGGCAAUAACACCUGGCCUGCCUCUCUUCCUCUACAAUUACUCCACGCAUCAGCUCUAUGGUAUCUUUGAGGCUGCUAGUUUUGGUGGAACAAAUAUAGAUCCGUUAGCUUGGGAGGACAAGAAGAAAUCUGGGGAAUCUCGUUUCCCUGCUCAGGUAAUUUGAAAUUUGCAGGAAUAAUUCUGCAC